AUGGAAAAGAUAGUAUAUUUCCCAACAGAAGUGUUAGAAAUGAUUUUUCAGCAAAUAAAUCAUCACCAGGUAUUAAACUUAAUACCAUUACAUUCCAAAUUUUGUGACAUUGGUCAAAAAAAAUUAUAUAAGUUCAUCCAUAUAUAUUUUAAAUACUAUAAAAUUAAAAACACCUCUUCUGGAGCAAAUGAGCCAAAAUAUACAAUUUGCACUAAUUGGAGAAUGCAUAAGAACGUUGUAAAUGAUUUCACAAAAAAAUUCACCGUUAUUCAAUCUUAUAACUUUUAUUCAAGCCUGAUCGAGAAUAAAAUUGAUAGAUUUCAAAAAGUUAAACAUCUUAGUAUUGAAACUAAUGAUUUUUUGAGUUUCAUAAAAAAAUCAUCAUUUGACCAUAAAACAGCAGCAUCAGCAUUAUUGAAAAAGAUUGUUACAUAUUUCAAAAAUAUAGAUUAUAUUAGUUUUGCUGCAGUAAACAACCAACUCGAACCAAAUAUUUAUCGAUCUCCUAAAGACGCAUUGGAUGUUAUAACUUUUCAAAGACCUAAAAUACAUCACGAGUUUUUUUAUCGAGUUUUGUUUUACGAUCUGAAAAACCCACUAUCAUAUGAUUUCUUCUAUGAUAACCUUAGAAUUUUCAAUUAUAACUUUGGAGGAUGUUGUCACUUCUUGAAAAGAUAUCAUCAUGAUGAUCGUGACCUAGGUAAAUGUAUUGAUGUAUUUAAUAAAAUCAAUAUGUUCAAAAAACUUGAAGAAUUAAAACUUACGUUUAUCGAUCUUAUUGAUUUAAUGGAUCCACUAUUGCUUAAAAAAUUGCAUAAGAUUAAUUGCAAGUUAAAGAAACUUCAAAUAUUAUUUUGGGGUAAACACAAAUAUUUGAGCGAUAUUUGGAACGAACGUGAACUACACAUUAAAGCAAAACCAAGGAAAUGGUUAAACUUAUAUUUAUCUUCACAUUAUUUGGACAUGAAAUUGAUUGAUGUAUCAAAAUUACAUAAACUAACAAUAAGUACUGGUGUUGCUAAUGAUAAUCUUGCAACUGAAAUUGCCAAACUAUAUUUUAUUAAUCCAAGUUUAAAAUUAUCUUGGUGGCCACAAUUUACAACAGUUUAUGACCAUGGCAAAUAUGUUAAUCCUGAUAAUAUACUAAUGUAUACACCAGAUUAUUUUCAAAUAAUAUCUUGCCAAUGGCCACUAUACUUUUUCAAAAGCACCGAAAUUUUGAUUGAAAAAGAAGAGUUGGUUUCUCACCAACAAGGUAAACUGGGCGAGAGUAAAACACCUAAAAAAUUACAUAUAAUAUUAAAAAACGCGUAUCCAUUGGAAGAACUUUGGGAAUUAGAUCUCCUUGAUGAAGAUUGGGUUUGCAAAUCGGUCAUGAAAGUUUUGCGUAAAGAAGAAUCUGAUUGGAUAUAA